UAUAAAAUGCCGGCAAACAAGGGAGAGAGGUAACUCUGUUACAAAUUCCAAUCCAAGUGGUGUCAUUAUAUUAAUACCCAAAACAAAACCAUAACGCAAAACCCAUCUUUUCUCCAAGGCACAUUCAGACACAGAGAAAGCUUCUGGACAAUUCUAUCACUGACCUCUAACCACGAUCCCCAAUCUCUCAAGUUUUGAAUCUUUAUUGGUUACUUGUUUGAUAUUGUUGUUCUUACUUUCUUCAAGGAUUGAGCGAUGAAAAAGAGAGCUAGAACUAACCCUGAUAAGGCGGUGCUUAAUGUUUGGCAAAGAGAGGUUGGCGAGCUCUCCACUCGCAAUUUUGCUCAUCGUCUUGCCGCUUCUGAGGAUCUUGUACUACGACUUGAUCUAUACAAGAAGCUAGAUAAGCACAGAGGCUGUGUCAAUACGGUAAGCUUCAACGCUAAUGGUGAUAUUCUGGUGUCAGGUUCUGAUGACAGGCGGGUUAUACUCUGGGAUUGGGAAUCUGGGCGUAUCAAGCUUUCUUUUCAUUCGGGUCAUACUAAAAAUGUCUUUCAAGCUAAAAUCAUGCCUUACACGGAUGACCGAAGCAUUGUUACUUGUGCUGCAGAUGGUCAGGUUCGAUUUGCUCAAAUUUUGGAAUGUGGAGCAGUGGAAACUACAUUGCUAGCUAAACACCAAGGACGAGCUCAUAAGUUGGCUAUUGAGCCUGGGAGCCCGUAUAUAUUGUAUACUUGUGGUGAGGAUGGACUGGUUCAACAUUUUGAUCUGAGAACUAGGAGGGCGACAGAGCUUUUCUCUUGCCGACCAAUUGAUGAUAGGAGGGAGUACAUGCCAGUUGUACAUCUAAAUGCAAUUACAAUUGAUCCAAGGAACCCAAAUCUCUUUGCAGUUGCAGGGUCAGACGAGUAUACUCGGCUUUAUGAUAUUCGCAUGUACAAGUGGGAUGGGUCAACUGAGUUUGGUCAACCUACAGAUUACUUUUGUCCUCCACAUUUGAUUGGUGAUGAGCGAGUUGGUAUAACAGGCUUGUCAUUCUCAGACCAGAGUGAGCUUUUAGUCUCAUAUAAUGAUGAGCUCAUCUAUCUUUUUACACGAGAUAUGGGACUGGGUCCCAAUCCAGAUCCAUCAUCUCCAGUCUCAAUUGGCAGCUCUGCAGGCGAGCUGGCAUGUAUGGAUGUUGAUGGGAAAGUCUCUCCCCAAGUUUAUGAAGGACAUCAAAAUUGUGAGACUGUUAAGGGGGUAAGCUUCUUUGGACCUGGAUGUGAGUACGUGGUGAGUGGAUCGGAUUGUGGUCGGAUAUUUAUUUGGAAGAAAAAGGGUGGCGAACUCAUCCGUGCCAUGGAAGCAGAUAAGCAUGUGGUAAACUGUAUCGAACCUCAUCCUCAUGCCACUGUGCUUGCUAGUAGUGGAAUCGAGAAUGAUAUAAAGAUGUGGACUCCAAAAGCCAUAGAGAGAGCUACUCUGCCUACAAACAUUGGACGGCUGAAACCAAAGGCUAGGGGCUGGAUGUACCGUAUUGCUUCGCCACAGGACCUGAUGUUGCAACUAUUUUCAUUGCAAAGGUGGAGAACUAGCCCAGAGCGCAUUGAAGAGAGCUCAGCUGCUGGUAGGGAACUUUUAGAGCUUAUGCUGACAUUCAAUGCCAACAGUGAUUCAGAUGAUGGAGGGGAUACAUCAAGUCGCGAUGAUUUUUUUAGCUAAAGAUGCUUUGGUUAUAUUUGGCCUAUAGAAAAUGAAAACCAUAGCAAUUGUACAUAGCAUAGGGUUUCAGUCAACAAUUUUGUGGAUCCUUGCAAAUUUUAAUGUCUACCUUGAUACUUGACCCAAGUUCAUUCCCAUUUCUGAGUCUUUUUCCAUAAUUAAAUCAUUGCCAUUUGUUAAUA